AUAUCCUUGCUGACCACGCCAUAAUUAAGUAGCAAGAAGAACAAUCCAUUUGUGAUUUUUAAGUGGCUUUUGAGGCACUUAAAAUGUUGCACUUCGAAAGUUCUUGUGACGUCACAUGACUCCACGGCAACUAAAAACAGGUUCCACCAAUGACGAAUGUAUCUUCGUCGCAGCUGCAGACUUUGCCAAAAUCUAAAAGUUGAGACUUGCUUUGUGGAAAAGAGUGGUUUGAAACGUUAACAGAAACCGAGUUGACAUUAUACACCUGAAUGGUUUUUUCAAGGAGCGGUCCUGCGUAUAAAUCUUUACAUUGUUAGGGGAAGGGGCAUAUAUCUUCAGCCAUCGACGUUUGUUUGGUCAACACAACACAACGCGAGUCUCCUUCCAGAUGAUUGAGUAGUCAUGUUGGCUGAAACUCAGAUGCAGCUUCAAAAUGCCCAGCAUUCGGUACUUUUCUUGCAAAAUGAGCAUGCCAAGGUGAUUGCAGGACUACACGACGAAAUAAGGAACCUCCAAACAAAAUGUUCAGAGCUGACAUUCCAAUUGGCCAUGUCUGGAGGUAUUGCUGAAGGAAACAAUGAAGUUAGAUCAGACAAUAAAGAGUCAAUAAAACCAUCACAAGAUAUUAUGCAAAAAGAGAUCGCAUCUUUGAAGGAAGAAAACUCACAGUUAAAAGGACUCGUAGAAACACGUGACAAGCGAAUUUCUUUGCUGGAAGGCCAACUUAAGAGCAAAGAACAGAAAUACCACAAUGACCUAAAACUCGUGCAACGAAACAUUGCUGAGCUGAAAAGUGAAAUCGAUGCGAAAUCAAAUACUAUAGCUUAUCUUACAACUCAGCUGCACCAGCUUAAAAUGAGGGGUGCAAAACCAGAUUCAAAUGUUGGCCAAAUUGUCCCAGCUCCUCCUCGCGAGGGCACUCCAAGGACUAGGGCGCUGCGUAGAACCGCGACGUCACCAACAACGCGAAGCUUUUCUCCAUCAGAAGAUGCCUAUUUUACCUCGCAUCAAGUUGAUAUCUCUGAGCUACCAGUACAGUCUGCCAUAGCGAUAAAAGGGAAAAACCUCCCGAGCAGGCCGGCACAGUCUCUUUCAAAUCCAGCAAGACCAGCGUUAGGCCAUUCUGCAGCAAGGAGAGAGCGUGAACUUCAUCUUUAUUCGCGCCCAAAACCAAGCGACUACAAGGAUUUUAUCAAUGCUCCGCUGAAAGGUAACGACGUAAACUUUCUUCCAAAGCCUCCCGCGGCACCGCUUCCACCGAUAUCUGCUUCGAAAAACGGCAGACAGCAGAACGUAUCUAAUAUGAGGCAAUCCAAAGAGAAAGGUCUUACGGAUUCCAGACAUAAAAAGAUUUCAGCGCGGGGCGGGGAAAUCACUGAGGUUGUUGUCGAUCCACUAAGCUCGCCUGAACGGACUUGGAGGAAAGUUCAAGACUCCAAGUAUAGAGAAUGAUAAAAAUUAUCUGCGCUUUAAUAUUUGUUAUAUAUGUAGCAUAUUUGUACAGAAGCGUUGCUUUUAGUGUUAAAAAUUCGA